GAAGACACUCCUGUUGCACGGGAGGCAGGCCGGUGUUUUUCCACUCUGAUGUCUAAUGGACACCCAUUUUAAGAGACAAAGGUCAGAAAGAAAAGCUUAUAAAUUAAAUUUACGGCUGUAAUUCUCCUAUUCAACACUCAGCCACCGCACAAUAUACAAGGGACAGCUCACUUCCAAAGGAAUAAAAGGACACCAUUACAGCAUGGCACAGAAGGAGAAGCUACAGUGCCUGAAGGACUUCCAUAAGGACACGCUGAAGCCGUCGCCGGGGAAGAGCCCGGGCACGCGGCCCGAGGACGAGGCCGAGGGCAAGCCGCCGCAGCGCGAGAAGUGGGCGAGCAAGCUGGACUUCGUCCUGUCCGUCGCCGGAGGGUUUGUCGGUUUAGGGAAUGUCUGGCGCUUUCCUUACCUCUGCUACAAGAACGGCGGGGGUGCAUUCCUCAUCCCGUACUUCAUCUUCCUGUUUGGUGGGGGUCUGCCCGUCUUUUUCCUGGAGGUGGCCCUCGGGCAGUUCACCUCCGAAGGUGGAAUCACCUGCUGGGAAAAGCUUUGCCCCAUCUUUACUGGUAUCGGCUACGCUUCGAUCGUGAUCGUCUCUCUGCUGAACGUGUACUACAUCGUGAUCCUGGCCUGGGGGCUGUACUACCUGUUCCAGUGCUUUCAGCCUGAGCUGCCGUGGGCCAAGUGCAAGCAGCCCUGGAACAGUGACAGCUGCGUGGAAGACACCUUCCGCAGGAACCGGACGCUCUGGGCCGCGGCCAACGUCACCAACUUCACCUCGCCCGUCACCGAGUUCUGGGAACGCAACGUCCUCAGCAUCUCCAGCGGCAUCGAGGAUAUGGGGGAGCUGAAGUGGGACCUGGCCCUGUGCCUCCUGGCCGUCUGGGUCAUCUGUUUCUUCUGCAUCUGGAAGGGGGUCAAGUCCACGGGGAAGGUGGUCUACAUCACCGCCACCUUCCCCUUCAUCAUGCUCAUCAUCCUCCUGAUUCGUGGAGUGACCCUGCCAGGUGCCUACGAAGGGAUCAAGUUCUAUCUCUACCCAGACCUGAGCCGUCUGAAAGACCCCGAGGUUUGGAUAGACGCAGGCACUCAGAUUUUCUUCUCGUACGCAAUCUGUCUGGGAGCAAUGACAUCACUGGGGAGCUACAACAAAUACAAAUACAACUGCUACAGGGACUGUUUGCUGCUGGGAGGCCUGAACAGCGGUACCAGUUUUGUGUCUGGCUUCGCAAUAUUUUCCGUCCUGGGCUUCAUGGCACAAGAGCAAGGGGUGGACAUUGCCGAUGUGGCAGAGUCAGGUCCCGGCCUGGCCUUCAUCGCCUACCCUAAGGCCGUGUCCAUGAUGCCUCUGCCUACCUUCUGGGCCGUUCUGUUUUUCAUCAUGCUUCUGCUUUUGGGACUCGACAGUCAGUUUGUCGAAGUGGAAGGACAGAUCACAUCCCUGGUUGAUCUGUACCCGUCCUUCCUAAGGAAGGGAUAUCGGCGGGAAAUCUUUAUAGCUAUCUUGUGUGUCAUGAGCUAUCUUCUGGGACUUACCAUGGUUACUCAAGGUGGCAUGUAUGUUUUUCAACUCUUUGACUACUAUGCAGCCAGCGGUGUGUGCCUUUUGUGGGUUGCAUUCUUUGAAUGUAUUGCUGUAGCCUGGGUUUAUGGCGUUGAUAAUUUCUAUGAUGCGAUCGAAGACAUGAUUGGCUACAGACCAAAUCCCUGGAUGAAAUGGAGCUGGUCCGUAAUCACGCCUGUCCUCUGUAUGGGUUGUUUUAUCUUCUCCUUGGUCAAAUACAAACCACUGACGUACAACAAGAUUUACGAGUACCCCGACUGGUCCAUCGGUCUGGGGUGGACUCUCGCCCUGGCCUCUAUGAUUUGCAUCCCGAUGGUGGUGGUCAUAAAGAUCAUUCAGUCUGAUGGGCCACUGAUUGAACGGAUCAAGGCGGUGGCUGCUCCGGUGCGGGGCGGUGCCAGUUCCCGUCCCCCUGGCCACAGGUCGAAGGAAAACGAGCUGACCUACCCCCUGGACCCCAACGGGAACAACGGCUUGAUAAAGCCCAGCCACACUAUUGUCGAAACGAUGAUGUGAGCGCUCUCUGUGAGAGAAUACGAUUCACCCGCUUUCCAUCUUAUAUAUUCGCUAACUCUGAACUAGUGGUAGGACCAGGUUUACAUUGCUACGUAUCUGCACUAGGAGUAUUCUUUUUGUUUUCUACAGAGGAAGUUACAUAUGGGUUUUCUGUCUGUGUUUUUACUUAUUUUUUAUUAUAAUAUUGUUAUUAUUACUACAACUAUUAUUAUUGCUGUAGCUAGAUGGAGGAACGGUCUCUGACACACGGCAGUAUCUUAACAUAGAACUAGUACUGUUCUGUUUUUUUACUCGCUUUCUGUGGAAUAGUGGAAUAUCAGUGGUCUGUCUUUUUAUUUGGGGAGAAUUGAAAAACAAAAAGGGUCAUAUUUAACAGUAAGAACCUAAUCUUAUGUGUAUCGUGUUUGAAAAGUAACAUUCGGUAUGUGGAUGUGUUGAGAAAAAUAAGCCCCGCCCCCACCUUCUCUUUAAAACGUCUUUCUGUUACUGUGGAGGUGCUCUUGUAGGGUAAGAUUACUUUAAUCUGUUGUCAUUGUUGAUGUUUGUUGUGAAAAGUACACCUGAAUGUACAGUACCUCAGCCAGAUUCGCGGACGCCAGAAAUGCCCUGACUCUGAGGGGCUGUGGGUGGACCGCUUCCCUGUCGUGUAGACUGUACAGUGACUAACUCCCCUUAGUGUAAAAACCGCUGGCUUGAAGGACACUACUGCUUUUCUGUCCCAGUGCUUUGGUGUUUCAUUCAAACAUGUCUUGUUUUUUUUGCACUUUUAACGUGGUCGAGAUCGCUCGCCGUAACGAGCGCUCUCUUCCUCUCGUUAGCCGCCCGCUUUCAAGAACUAGCCGGGUGAGUUAGAAGCACACAACAUCGUACUACCAUGACACCGUCAAAACACGUUCCAUUGACUGUCCUCUGCGCCUGCCGGGCCGAUGAGAGGCAAGCUGGGCCUCUCUGUCCACCUGAUUGGCCGAUGAGAGGCAAGCUGGGCCUCUCUGUCCACCUGAUUGGCCGAUGAGAGGCAAGCUGGGCCCCUCCGACCGCUCUGCUGGCCAAUGAGAGGACAAGCUGAGCUUGCCGUCCAUUCUUUUGAGCCGAACAUCUCUCCCACCACAGGAGCAGUCCCAGUUUCACACGAGUCAGCUUUGACCUCCCCCCGAUAACUAUGUCAGCCAGUGUAUUAGGCUUAUGUUAAAAUUCAAAUGUGAUUUAACUAAACCUGCUAAAAUGAUCAACUUUCUCCAUGCCGACACUCUUCCCAGCACCCACAUUUCAACUCCACCUUCUUUUGUAAAGAAACGAAACAAAAAAACCUUAAUAUACAGAGAUUAUCAAUGCGUUUUUUUAAAUAGUUAAUGAAACGGAUGUCGUAGUGAGCCACAGCACAACUAAAUGCUUUAUGUACACGAGGCAUUCUUACCAAGGAAUGUGAAUUCUGUCAUUUCCAGUUUCUCUUCACUAAUUAUAACGAUAGUCUCUUUUUCUGGAUUUUAUUAUUGUAUUCAUUUCGAAAAAUAUUUUAUGUUUAUUUUGUUUUUUCAAUCACAUUUGCCUUUUUAUAUUCAAAAUGUGAUGCUGUAGAUGUGAACUCUGUCACUAAUUACAAAUCUUUAGGACGUAAGACAGAGCCAGCCAUUUACAUUUAAACUGCUAAUCAGUAAAAGCUUAAAUGCAAUUUGUAAUGUGCAAUACUUUGUAGAAAAAAAAGAAGAAGCUAUUUUAAAGCAAUUUUCCUUUCUUACCUUUUCUAAUAGUUGGUACUUUUUUGAGUUUUGAAUUCGAGAUUUAAACACAAAACGACUGAGAUGAUAUGAGAUUGUUCGGGGCCAAUUCUAAUGUAUUGCAAAGGUUUAGCCAUAACAAUAUGAAAAAAAACCAAAACAAAACAAAUUUAAGGCAGCAUUAAUCUUCACUUUUAUAUCAGAAACAAAACCAUGUCAUUCUUCCUUAAAUUGGUCAUUGUUUUCAUGUUGUCAUUGGCUAACUGCUUUGAAACAGAUUGACUUGGCCCCCCUUAGUUACACAAGAAAAUACUUAAGCCAAACAUAUGUACUAUUAUGCUAUUAUCCAAGAGCAGAUUAUUAGCUGACGCUUCUGAAGAGGUAGUAUAGUUCCUGUGUGGUGCUUUUUCAAAGAAACUUAAUUGAAAACCAAAUGAUUCAAAAUCUCAAGGAGAAAUGAUAUACAUCCAAAUGCAGUGAAAGGCUCGCCUGUGAUUACUCAGUGAGUCUCCCCAUCGCGACUGUCAAUGUCACGACGGAGAUGGGCAGUUUAUUUAAUCCUGUGUGUUUCACUCUCGCGUUUUACAUACCAGCCCUUCCUUUUAUAAGCUUGUAAAACGGGAAAAAUGUUUUUAAUCCAUGAAGUGACGUUUUUAAAAACAAAUCUGAAAAUGUUUUUUUUAUUUCUGAAAUCUAACCUGUAAGCGAAAAAAAAAAAAAGAUGUAUUUAAACGAGUUUUACAAUAUCUAAAACUUUUUUUUUUUAUUUCUUAAUAAACAUUUUGUCAUUUGAAAAAUGCCUUCAUUUUGUCAUGUACAGAGAAAAGCAGUCUUUUCGAGGACUGAUCGCAGAACUCUGGUCAGGGUCCAAAAGCAAAUAUUUCAGAACCCCAUUCCUGCGGAUUCUUUUUAGCAGCGCACUGGCGCAUUUACGGGGUCUGUGUCUCCCGGCAGUCUGUCUUUCUAACCCCCCCCCCCCCCCCCCCCCGUAACGCGACUUCAAAUCCACGCUGGUUCCAAGCCAGGGUAUUUCCAAUAUGUGCGCGACUCGGAAUUCCAGCGCGGGGCGUGCGGCGGGGGGCGAUACCGAACGCUCGCCGGGGGACGGGGGUGCCAGAUUCUGCGGGAAGCGCGGCCCUUUCGACGGGUCGGGCCGGACCAACCCGAGCGAAACUGAGAAAGGAGAACUUUUACCUCUAUUUUAAAACCUGCCGCAUAGCGGGCGGACACACGCACACGCGUGACGCCAUCACUGCCUCUCCAUCCGGCCCGUCUGGCAGCAGCUGUCCCAGAAGAGCAGCUGAGCCCGGCACGGGAAGGCUCACUAAGCAAAAACCCAAAACACAACCACCCCAGGGAUUAGACAUUUGGCAAGAGCGCUUGAAGUGCUCCCGAAAUGUACACAGAUCCGUCACCCCCCCGCCCACCCCCACAGCGAAAGGAGUAAAAAUAACAAAAAUAGCCACCCGCACUUGGAAUGGAAUUGGCCACUCUACGUUUUGUAGCAUGGAGGGGAGGCAGAGACCAACUUCCAAUUCCCAGUUUAAAUAAAAAUAGUUUCUCUUGUCUGGCAAAGUGUGCUGAAUUAGGAUGAGCUUGGAGUCUUUCCGAGCUGAUUCAGAUAGUAGCUCUGAUAGAAAGUGAAAUACAUUUUAAUACCUCACUGGGAACCCUCUUUUCUGAGGUCGAUACUGUGCGACCGUAGCACUUACGAGGAAUAUCAUGGAGUUGGCAACUGUGGACUGACUUUCAUAUUCCCUCUAUUACACGGAUACAAGUUUUUAGCCAGAGGAACAUUUCAUGGUACCAGUCUCCUCGUGAGACGAAAACAAUUGUAAUCUCAACCUCUUAAUGUCACGCAAAUAAUGAACUUGCAUUUACCUGCCAUUGCUGUAAUCUUAAUCAGUGUAAAUGUUGGAGUAAUUAGGUGAAAAAUAAGAUGGUUUCCUAUUUCAGCUGUCAAGUGCUAAAUACCCUCAGAACACCGUUUGGCCUCUCCCACAGUUUGGUCCUGCCCACUCCUGGGAAAGCGGUUGCAUUUUCGGAAUUUCGUGAAAUAAGGGAAAAGGGAUAUACGUGAAAUGAAAACAAAAAUAACUCGGAAGAAAAUGCGAAAUAUGUCUGACUUGGAACCAGUUUUGAUUGGUCCACAUACGGGGGAGCUUCAGUUAAUACUGUGUGAAGUGAAAAGGAACAGUUGGUCUUGUCAUACCGACAUCUGUGUGGUUUGUGGAGACUUGAGUCAGUGGUGGUGACUUAAAUGGCUAGACCAUUCUUUGUAUGCCCAGUUGUUCCUUAUUGUAUCAUAAUACUCAAAUUUAACUCUGUGGCAACAUUAUGUUAAACAUUACUCCAUUUCAUUGCUCUGUGAAAUUAAUAGUUUCUGCAUUUCUAGAGAAAAAAAAAAAAACAUAUUUUAGUAACAUGUAUUAUUUGCUUUGAUAGAAGACAUUUGUAACUUGACAAACUUUGUGAGGGAAAAAAUAAAGAAAAUCAUUUAAAAAUA